AUGUCCAAAAAGCAGAAGUGGCAGGAAAAUUUGACCGCUUUCCCCAAAGCUGCCAAAGGAAAUCAGAGGAAGAGAAAAGAUCUUGAUUAUCCGCAGCAGACAGAAGAACAGCAAAUAUCCAGCAGCUGUACCAGUUCUGCAAAAAAAGUCUUUAGUAGUGGAAGUAGUUUUAAAAGCAGUGUAAUAAGAAGGGGAAGCCUCAAUUCUAGUAAUGUCACUGGUAGUAGAGUAUCCCAAAUCAGUGAUGCAUUGACCAACGCUGCCACCAGUAAAGGCAGUACAGUUCGUGGUGGCAGGGUCAGAGGCGGCAGUACUGCAGGAGUCAGUGAUAAAAACAGAGCGGGAAGCGCGGUGGAUGGAGUGUCUUUAAUUUCCUCUGAUAAGAAGCUGGAGGAGGAGUCACUUAAUGGUGGAGUCAUGGUUUCUUCAAGCAGUGGUAAUGCUCCAUCACUCAACAACGUCUUCUCUCCAUCAGUCGAUCAGUUCCCGGGCUGUUCUGGUGCUGACGGUACAAAGAAUCGAUUGGGAAUUGAAAGCGGCUAUUCCUCUUUGGAGAAGACAAGUGCUCUUGUUGGGGAUGCACAAAAACACAUUGACUCAAGGAGAUCUCGGGACUCUGAUCAACAGGAAAGUUCAUUUCUCUGUGUGGAUGCAGAGCUUGUCUCGACCUUCAUGUCCCCCUCCACACCACAAAAUGACCAUAAGACGGCAGUCAGUACAUCUCAGGAUUCAUCUCCUGAUAAUGACAUUCCUGAUGUUUCUCGACCUUCCACGUCAUGCAGCUUUCGUUCGAAAUCACUGGACCGCAGACUUGAUUCAUCUUCCACUCCUGACCUCCUUAAUUUUAAAAAGGGAUGGAUGUCUAGACUAGGAGAAGAUGGAAAGUGGCGAAAACAUUGGUUUGUUCUUACUGACCAGACCUUAAGGUUUUAUCGUGACGCUGUAGCAGAAGAGGCAGCAGAUGUGGAUGGUGAGAUCAACCUGUCAACCUGCUAUGAUGUUACAGAUUACCCUGUACAGAGAAACUAUGGAUUUCAGAUUCAUACAAAGGAUGGGGUCUUUACUCUUUGUGCAAUGACUUAUGGGAUAAGGAGGAACUGGGUCCAGGCAGUCAUGAAAAAUGUUCGACCUAUCGUUGCCCCAGAUGUCACAUGUUCUGUUCCUCCAAAGGUGAUUGGUGCACAUUCUUGUACAGGCUCCUCUCAAUAUAAUACACUUCCCCAAGAAGAGGAGAAAAGAAGUCGCGUACGUGAGCGCCGUAAAGAGGGGCGUUACAAAACCUUUGAUUGGGCAGAGUUAAGAUGUAAACAGCAAAAGGAGGAGAUGUCCAAUGACCUGUCAGGAAGGGAAUGGAACCACAAUUGUGAGCACCGGGUUCCUCCUGCACCAGCAUCGUCCCCUGAAAGGCCAAUCAUCCGAUUUGAACCGGAGUCAUCAGACAAAGAAUUUCCUCAGAAGUCAAGCCUCUAUCAAGGCUUAAAAAACAUUUCCACUGAUGUACCAUCACACUCAAUGAUGGUAGUGUCCAAUCUUACUUCCCCAGGAUCAAUUAGUCCGGACAGCUUAGAGGUUGAUUCAAAUGCAGUACGUGUUCAUUGUGACAGCCCUGGGGAACUGCUGCUAAAUAAACCUAAAGAAAGAAAACGGGUUGAUCAGUCCACUUCUCCCUUGCCUGUCAACUUAUCCUCAUCCUCAGUGCAGACAGAAUGGCAGUGGGAGGUGGAACUUCAGAACCUUCAUAGAGAGUUGAAAGCUGAGCAUGAGAAGAAUCAAACACAAGAGAAGGAAUCUCAGCUUUGUGAGACCAGACUCCAAUCUGAGCUUAACAAUACUCAAGACUGCCUGCGUAAGGCAGAAUUAAGGAUACAAGAGGCAGAAACUUUACUUAAGGAGCGUGAAGAGUUGCUUGAAGAUCUGCGUGAAAGAUUGGAGGAGGUGACGGGCUGUCUGAAGGCAACAGAGGAGGCACAAGCCCUGAAGGAGGUUCGGCUGGAGAGGCACCUACGUCUCCUGCAGGAGAGCCAGGAAAGGGAAAGAAGGAGCUUUGGUGACAGCCUUGAUCAAUCAGAAAAGCGUUUAAAGGAACUAGAGGAGCGCCUGAGGCAGAAGGAAGCUGAGUUGCAAAAGAGGCCAUCAGGAGAAGCAACUGAAGACGUUAUACAAAGAUGCCAGGAGCUCCAGAAUCAGCUGGAAGAGUCUGAAAAUGAAGUUGGACGCCUGCAGUCACGUCUUCAAACUGAGGAGACUCUUUAUUACGACAUAGAACACAAUUACGAAAGAGUUUGUGAGGAGAUACAGAGUUUGCAAGGUGCUCUGCAAGACUGUGAGAGAUUGUGUGAGGAGCGUUUCCAAACCCAGCUGGAGCGCAAGCAGGAAGAGCUGGACAAGAAGGAGCGUGAACUGCAGGAAGUACUUGUUAAGAUGGCCGUUCUUGGUAGUAGUCUAGAGGAGACAGAACGUAGGCUUAUGGAAGCUCAAACUCAUCCUCCAGAAGGUAGUGUUUCUACUGAGACACUGACUGAAACGCAAUGUCUAUUCAAGGUCUCAAAUGUCAGACAGAAAGUGAAAUGUAAAAGUGGUUCAGAAACGCAACCUUUUACUCAGGGAGAUGAAUCUGAUCGAGUGAUCUCUGUGAUUCAGGCACUAGAACUCAAAUUGUGUGACACUGAAGAUCGACUACGGGAGCUUACUAUGCAUCUACAGCAACAACAACUCAGUGCAGGGCCACACACUCUCAAUGAUUCUUAUUGUGCACAUACUUCUAUCCAAAAUCUGGAUAGCCGACUCUUUCUAAAUGCUCUGGAGAGUUGUACUGGUGCUUUAAAUAGCUUGCAUGGGAAAGCUCUGCACAGAACCUCUGAAAACGAAGACAUUGAAGGGCAGUUGAUGGUUUGUGAGAGACCAGGAAACAAUCAAGCUUUGGACUUGGCCAGCAGAGUGUUAUCAUUGGAGGCACUGGUCAUCCAAAGGAUGGCAUCUGCCCUUGAGCAUCCCAGCAGAGAACUGCUUGAUAGACUGUCAGAUCUACGUCUCCAUGUGCUUAAGAUGGCUCAAGGAGGUGGGGAUGGUGAUGAAUCUAGCUAUUUUCAGACCUUGUUGUAUUCUGAAGAGGAAGAUCAGACAGACAAUACACUGAGUGAAAGUGUAAUCCAAAGAUUAUGUGUGAGAGCAGAAAUGGCAUACCUCAUGCAUACUUGCCAUACACAAACCUCACAGGGGCAACAGGGAUCAGAUCCAUUUAAUUUGUUGCCUUGGCCAGUUUCAAAUAUUUCUUCAUCUGGCUCCCAAAAGGAAAAUGAUUCCAAGCAUGGACCCAAGCUUGCUGAUAUUAGCCCACCAGAACUUGCUCCUUACAGUGAACAGAUGGAAGAACUUGCAGCCAAUGGUCUCCUUGAGGACUCUGAGGUACAGCUUGCCUGUAGAAAGAACCUGGUGGCAGAGCUUCGUGCUCAAGCCCAGUCGCUGCAAGAACUUUCUACACAUCUACAGUCUGAGGAUAAACUUCAGUCUGAACUUCCCACAGGCAUCCUGAGGAUUGCUCUGUGUCAGGCCACUUUGGCAUACAUGGCUUGUCGACUGCGUUCGGCUGUGCAGCAGGAGAUGAGGGCUCUACGCAAACAGAGAGAACAGGCAGAGUACGAGUCUCGUGCUAUGUGUCGCAGCAUGGAGGUUCUGUUUCAGGAACAGACCGAGCGCUACGAGGAAAGGUUGCGUGAGGGGCGUGUUUUUGUAGAGAAGGCGGAGCAGGGGCGUGUUUCUGCUGAGACCGAUGCCCAGUUGAGAGUGGACGAAGCAGAAAAAAUGCAAGUGGAGUUUGAGGAGAAGCUCCAGGAGCUCCAGAAAAUCCACGAGGAGGAGAUGAGCCGUCUCCAUAAAUACUACAUUCAUAAUAUGCCAAAGACUACAACCGUCUCUGUACAAGCAGAGAAUGGAGAGACUGAGCACGUUACUGUUCUCCAAGGACGAAUCAGAAAGCUUCAAAGUGAGAAUACCUGCCUGAGGGAGGAGCUUAACAAACAGGAUGACAAGGCCUUACAGAUAGACCUGGAAAACAUUAAGGCCACAUACGAGCAUGGAUUCAGCAUUAUGGAGGAGAGCCACCAGCGAGUGAUUGAGGAGAUGCAGAGGCAGCAUCAAAGAGAAAUCGAAAGACUGACGGAAGAAAGAGAGAGAGUGCUGCAGGAAGAAACUAAUGCCACCAUUGCAGCCAUUGAUGCCAUGAGGAAAGCCCAUAAGGAAGAAAUGGACAAGAAUCACAAGGCCCUGCAGAAUGGAGCCAGUGUGGACAUUCGCCAGCUUCGUGUACAAUACAACGAGGAGCUCGAAUCAUUGCAUAGAGAACUGGAGGUGUUAUCUGAGCAGUAUUCUCAGAAAUGUCUUCAAAAUGCUCUUUUAACCCAAAAUAUGGAGGCUGAAAGGGAGGCGUUGAGCAUCAUGCAGAGAGAGAACCAGGAGCUUCACACUCACAACCGGGAGUUAAACGAGUGUCUGGCUGCCGAAUUAUCCCUGAUGCAUUCACGCAUGAAUGGGGAAGUGAAACACACUCAGUCCCCUCAGGAGAAAGAAGUUUAUCAGCUGGAGGUAAAUUUGAGGGUGAAGGAAUCAGAGAUUAAGUGUUUGAAACAGGAGAUCAGCUCACUUAAGUUGGAGCUACAAGCAGCAAAUACGCAUUUUAAAGAGUUACAGUCUGAACUAAGUGCAUUAGGAGUCAAAACCCAAAGUGACUUCACUAAAUUCAGGAUGGAACCAACCAAAAAGCAGAGUUUAAAUUAUGAUCUGAUGAAAUCCAGGAGUAACCCUGACUUCAUCAAGGACUGUUCUUCAUCUGCACUCUCGCAACCCAUCAGAUCCAAGAGUCUAAAGGAUGGACUCACUGUUCUGGAGAAGAUGAAGCUCUUUGAAUUAACUGAGAGACAAAAAAUUUGAGUGCAUGUGUAUGUUUGUGACAAUUUUAGUGUUUUAUGUGGGUUAAAUUAUUUAAGUGUGUUUCUUAAUAACACAAUGAAUUAUUAUUAUUAUUAUACCUUUAGUCACAGGUGGUGUGUGUGCGCGCGUUUGUUUGUGUCAGUCAUUUUAAUUGUUCUGUUACAUUAGAUGCAUUCACAAUAGAACUGAUUUUUGAUAUGAGGUUGUCUCUCUAAAAUCCUUAGCAGUUUGUUUAUAUUUUUAUGUUUGUUUUUUGCCUCAGUUUAAAAUUGAGGACCAGUUUGAUUUACUUCAUCUUUGAUUAUGAAUAAAGUCAA